AUGGGCGUCGAUAUUUCCAUAUUGUGGAAGGCCCCUGAGGUCAACCCCAUCAACAAGAAGGCAAGAAGCAUACCUAUUCUGAACUUGAUCAACCCCUACGGACGAGUAUUCUUCUUUUCAUGGAUGGGUUUCAUGCUUGGAUUUUGGGCAUGGUACACAUUUCCUCCCCUUUUGACCGUCACCAUCAAAAAAGACCUUCAUCUCAGCCCUGCCGAAAUUGCCAACUCCAACAUCGUAUCCCUCUGCGCUACUCUCAUUCUACGAUUCAUUGCCGGACCCCUCUGCGACCAGUUCGGUUCCCGAAGAGUCUUCGCUUCCCUUCUCCUCCUGGGCUGUCUGCCCAUUGGCCUUGCACCGCUUGUCAAAACUGCCAACGGCCUGUACGUCUCUCGAUUUUUCAUCGGCAUUUUGGGCGCCACAUUCGUACCCUGCCAGGUCUGGUGUACCGCCUUCUUCGACAAGAACAUUGUCGGCACAGCCAAUGCCCUAUCAGGAGGAUGGGGAAAUGCCGGCGGCGGCAUCACAUACUUCAUCAUGCCCGCUGUAUUCGACUCACUCGUCGCGGCCCAAGGCAUGACUCCCUCCAAAGCAUGGCGGGUCACCUUUGUCGUCCCUCUCAUCUGCCUCAUCGCUUGCUCCCUAGGCAUGAUCUUCCUCUGCCCAGAUACUCCCCUCGGCGCCUGGGAAGAAAGAUCGCAAAAGAUCCAAGAAAACCUGCAGCAAUACAGUCCCACUAGCACCACGGCCGUCAACACGCCUCACAUCCUCAGCGAACCGCCCAGCCGAGACGAGGAAAAGGCAGAAGUCUCAGACGACGAUUCAAAAGUCUUCAAGCAGCACACCACAAUCUCCUUGUCAGAAGCCGUAUCCAUUGCCCAGGCAGAAACAAUCGUCAAGCCCAGCUUCAAGGACUCCCUCCCCGUCAUUUUCUCCCUACAGACGCUCUUCCACGUCGCUACAUACUCGUGCUCAUUCGGCGGUGAGCUCGCCGUCAACUCCAUCCUCAGCUCAUACUACAAAGCCAACUUCCCUCACCUUGACCAAACCAAAGCGAGCAACUACGCCGCCAUCUUCGGCUUCCUCAACUUCCUGACCCGUCCUCUAGGCGGCGUCAUAGCAGACUUUGUCUACAACAUAUCCGGUCGAAAUCUGUGGACGAAAAAGGCAUGGAUCACAGCGUCUGGACUCUUGAGUGGCGCUCUCCUCAUCAUCGUCGGCAUGGUUGAUCCGUCAGAACUCAAUGGCCGCGACAUCGGCACAAUGGUUGGCCUGGUCACCGUCGCCGCCUUCUUCAUUGAAGCUGGCAACGGCGCAAACUUUGCCCUCGUGCCGCAUGUUCAUCCCGCUGCGAAUGGUGUCCUGUCAGGAUGUACCGGCGGCGGCGGCAACCUGGGCGGCGUUGUAUUCGCCAUCAUCUUCAGGUUCAUCGACCAUGGGAGUGGCUACGCGACUGCCUUUUGGGUCAUUGGUGUGAUUCACAUUGGUAUCAACUUGGCUGUGUGUUGGAUCCCGCCGUUGCCAAAGGGUCAGAUUGGUGGGAAGUAG